AGGACAAAAAAGUCAACGUCAACAUAAAAGUAUGAGUGUGCAAGAAUAUCUUCAAUCAAGACGUGGCUAUGGUAGUAACCAACAACAAAGUUACGGAAGUCAAGUAGACAAAUGCGAUGAUCACCAGCUCCGUAAUUCCGUUGGGCAACAAAUACAGCCUAACCACAGCAGCCUACAAGAUCAAAAUAAAAUAGUGGUUGAUCAGAAUUUAAAUUUUGAUUCUCCAGAAACUAACAAUGAUUGCCGUAGUAUUAAAAAAGACCACCAACCUCAGAAUCAAUCGACAAAUGGUAUGAACAAUCGCAAACGAAUUAAUCAAUUUAGUGACGUUCAAAACGGAUUAAUGGUUUGUAGUCAUUCUCAGCAGCAUAAUUCUGAGAGUGCAACACUGAAAAAUCAGUACCAUGGUAUGGGAAGCUUAAGAAAUAAUGACUCUGGCGAACCAAAGUUUAAUAAGGGUGACCAAAAUCAACUGAAUUGCGGUGGGACACGAGAUCGUGAAAAUGAUAAUAAAGGACAAGAAAGUCAACGUCAACAUAAAGGUAUGGGUGUACAAGAAUCUCUUCAAUCAAGACAUGGCUAUGAUAGCAAUCAACAACAAAAUUACGGAAGUCAAGUAGACAAAUGCGAUGAUCACCAGCUCCGUAAUUCCGUUGGGCAACAAAUACAGCCUAACCACAGCAGCUUACAAGAUCAAAAUAAAGUAGUGGUUGAUCAGAAUUUAAAUUUUGAUUCUCCAGAAACUAACAAUGAUUGCCGUAGUAUUAAAAAAGACCACCAACCUCAGAAUCAAUCGACAAAUGGUAUUAACAAUCGCAAUCGAAUUAAUCAAUUUAGUGACGUUCAAAACGGAUUAAUGGUUUGUAGUCAUUCUCAGCAGCAUAAUUCUGAGAGUGCAACACUGAAAAAUCAGUACCAUGGUAUGGGAAGCUUAAGAAAUAAUGACUCUGGCGAACCAAAGUUUAAUAAGGGUGACCAAAAUCAACUGAAUUGCGGUGGGACACGAGAUCGUGAAAAUGAUAAUAAAGGACAAAAAAGUCAACGUCAACAUAAAGGUAUGGGUGUACAAGAAUCUCUUCAAUCAAGACAUGGCUAUGAUAGCAAUCAACAACAAAAUUACGGAAGUCAAGUAGACAAAUGCGAUGAUCACCAGCUCCGUAAUUCCGUUGGGCAACAAAUACAGCCUAACCACAGCAGCUUACAAGAUCAAAAUAAAGUAGUGGUUGAUCAGAAUUUAAAUUUUGAUUCUCCAGAAACUAACAAUGAUUGCCGUAGUAUUAAAAAAGACCACCAACCUCAGAAUCAAUCGACAAAUGGUAUUAACAAUCGCAAUCGAAUUAAUCAAUUUAGUGACGUUCAAAAUGGAGUAAUGGUUUGUAGUCAUUCUCAGCAGCAUAAUUCUGAGAGUGCAAUAAUGAAAAAUCAGUACCAUGGUAUGGGAAGCUUAAGAAAUAAUGACUCUGGCGAAUCACAGUUUAAUGAGGGUGGCCAAAAUGAGCUGAAUUGUAAUAGGACACGAGAUCGUGAAAAUGAUAAUAAAGGACAAAAAAGUCAACGUCAACAUAAAAGUAUGAGUGCGCAAGAAUAUCUUCAAUCAAGACGUGGAUAUGAUAGUAAUCAACAACAAAGUUACGGAAGUCAACUCGAUAAAUGCGAUGAUCAGCAGCACCGUAAUUCCGUUGGGCAACAACAACAGCCUAACCACAGCAGCCUAGAAGAUCAAAAUAAAGUAGUGGCUGAUCAGAAGUUCAAUUUUGAUUCUCCAGAAACUAAUAAUGAUUGCCGCAGUAUCAAUGAAGACCAUCAGCGUCAGCAUCAAUUUGAUAAGUCGCAAUCAAGUUUACCAUACUGAUCAACAAAAUAAUGACAAAGAACAACAAUCAACAGUAUCAGUAUCAAUCAAAUAAUCAUGAACAUCAAUACGAAAAUGUUAAGGAAGCUGUUAAUGGGCCCGUUUUUGAUCCAGUAUAUUGAAAACAAAGAAAAAAAUUUUCACAAAUUUUGUGGUAUAUAUUAGAAAUAGUGAUUUGUAUUCCCGAUACCAACCACGACACAAUUAUAAAUAUGCAAAGGUUUUUGGGAGAAAUGGAUAAAGGUGAUCAAUCUUAUAAACUGAUUAUAAACGAAUACUGUAUCACCCUGUUUGAAGGAGUGUGGUAUCGACGUAAAGUAAUUGGUGUGAAUGAAACAAGCUUCAAUAUUAAAUGCAUUGACUUUAGUCAUGAGUAUUUGGUAAGAGGAGAAUAUAUUCGUCGAUAUCCCAAUCAACUUUCUGAAGAAAACUUAAUAAAAAUUUUCAAACUUGCAGAUUCAUCCAAUAUACUAAGCUAAAAACUGGUAAAACACUUGAAGAAUAGAUUAGUCGGUUUCCAAAGAUUAUUUAUAAUAGCAGUUAAAGUGUGCAAUGAUAUAUACGAAAUCGAGUGCCCAAUUUUCUGAAAACAACUUUCCGAACUGGGUUUAAUUGAAAUUAUUUGCUGAUACUCUUAU